AUGCCGGAGCGAGGGGACAGCACAGCUGAGAGGGGCACGAGUCUGCAGCGCCUGACCAAGCAUGCCAGCAAGAUCAAAAGGAGCCUCUUCCAGAAACCAUCCCUGCUCCAGCAGUGGCACGAGGGCUCCCGCACCAUCCAAGCCCUGUCCUGCGACAAAGCCCUCUGCUCUCGGGUGGUCCCUGCAGCCAAGCAGCAUUGGGAGACCUCCUCCCCGAAGUCCCUACUAACGGUGAAACCAGAGCAUGUGCCAGCAGCAAUCCCUCCUCUAUCUCCCACCUUGCAGGCUGCGCCGGCCAGGCUUAGUGAUAUGGAGAUGGAGAUGGAGGCGGGGCAGAGGGGGCGGGGCCAGCACGGGGGCGGGGCCACGGUCUCCCGUUUCCGAGCCGGCUGCCCCGGGCAAGGCGGGCGCCGCAGCCACCCCACCCGCUCCGGGGGACGCCACCGGGACCUCCUGCCCGGGGACGCGGGGCCGGUGGCGGAUGUCCGGGAGCGGGACAUCGGUCUCCCGCUCUCCCUUCCCGGGGGUCCCGCUCUCCCUUCCGGGGGUCCCACUCCCUAUUCCCGGGGCUCCCACUCUGCAUUCCUGGGGGCUCCCCUCUCCCUUCUCGGAUGGCCCCCGUUCCCCAUCACGGGGCACCGCUCCCCACCCGGGGCGUGGCCGUGGGGUCGCCCCGUUCCCCCCCUCCCGCGGGGCUGCGGCGCGGGGCGGUGCCGGUGCCGGCGCCCAUCCCCGUUGCCGGUGGCGGGGCGGAGCGGCCGCCCCGAGCCCUAUAAAACGGGCGGCGGCGGCGACGGUGCCGCAGCGAGGGCGGGGGUCGCCAUGAGCCUGAUGCUGGAGACGCUGCUGGGCCCCCCGGGGGGGCUCCGCAAGGAGCCGGGCCGCGCUCCCCCGCGCUCCGCCGCCUCCAGCGGCUUCCACUCGUGGCCGGGACCGGUGGUGGGGCGGGUUCGGGCCGGGGGCGGCGGCGGCAGCGCGGCCGCUUCCUCCACCGAGAGCCUGGACUCGCUGAACGGCGAACCGCGGGCGCGGAACGAGAAGGAGCUGCUGCAGGUGCUGAACGAUCGCUUCGCCGGUUACAUCGAGCGGGUGCGGGCGCUGGAGCAGCAGAACCGGGCGCUGGCGGCGGAGGCGGCGGCUCUGCGGCAGCAGCAGGCGGGACGCUCGGCCAUGGGCGAGCUGUACGCGCGGGAGCUGCGCGACAUGCGGGGAACCCUCCUGCGCCUGGGGGCCGAGAAGGGGCAACUGCGGCUGGAGCGGUCGCGCCUGGCCGAGGACGUGGCCGCCUUGCGGGGGCGGCUGGAGGAGGAGGCCCGGCAGCGAACCGAGCUGGAGGCGGCGGCCCGCGGGCUGGCCCAACGCUCCGCGCAGGCGGAACGGGCUCGGGGCCCCUUAGAGGAGCGAGCCCGAGCCCUGCGGGAGGAGGCCGAGCUGCUGCGGCGGCAGCACCGGGCCGAGGUGGGCGCGUUGCUGCGCGGGGCCCGCCCCGAGCCCCCCGCCGAGCCCCCCGCCGCCCUGCGGACCGGGAUCACCGCCGCCCUCCGCGACCUGCGCGCCCAGCUGGAGGGGACGGCGGCCCGCAGCACCCUGCAGGCCGAGGAGUGGUUCCGCGUGAGGCUGGACAAGCUCUCGGAGGUUGCCAAGGUGAACACGGAUGCCAUCCGCUUGGCUCAGGAGGAGAUCUGCGAGUACCGCCGCCAGCUCCAGUCCAAGACCACCGAGCUCGAAGCCCUCAAAGGGACCCAGGAGUCACUGGAGAGGCAGAGACAGGACUCAGAGGAGCGCCAUCAUGCAGAUGUCCUGUCCUACCAGGAAACCAUCCAGCAGCUUGACAGCGAGCUGAGGAACACCAAGUGGGAGAUGGCAGCUCAGCUCCGGGAGUACCAGGAUCUGCUCAAUGUCAAAAUGGCUCUGGACAUUGAAAUUGCUGCCUAUAGAAAGCUCUUGGAAGGGGAGGAAUAUCGGAUCGAGUCUGGCUUUGGGAUGGUCUCCUUCCCCGAGGUGGUUCCCAAGGCUCCCAGCAUCACUGCCAACAUCAAGGUAAAGAGUGAGGAGAAGAUCAAGGUGGUGGAAAAAUCUGAGAAGGAGACAGUGAUUGUGGAGGAGCAGACAGAGGAAAUCCAGGUGACUGAGGAGGUCACAGAGGAGGAGGAGGCGGCUGAGAAAGAGGCUGAAGAGGAGAAAGCUGAAGAGAAGGAGGAAGAAGAGGAGAAACCUGAAGCAGAGGGUGAAGAGGAGGCCAAGUCUCCUGCAAAAGAGGAGGCCAAGUCCCCAGAGAAACCUGAGUCUCCCUCAAAGGAGGAGGCCAAGAGCCCGGCUGUCAAAUCCCCAGAAAAACCUGCAAGCCCCUCAAAGGAAGAGGCCAAGAGCCCGGCUGCCAAAUCCCCAGAAAAACCUGCAACCCCCUCAAAGGAAGAGGCCAAGAGCCCGGCUGUCAAAUCCCCAGAAAAGCCUGCAACCCCCUCAAAGGAAGAGGCCAAGAGCCCGGCUGUCAAAUCCCCAGAAAAGCCUGCAACCCCCUCAAAAGAGGAGGCCAAGAGCCCGGCUGUCAAAUCCCCAGAAAAGCCUGCAACCCCCUCAAAAGAGGAGGCCAAGAGCCCGGCUGUCAAAUCCCCAGAAAAGCCUGCAACCCCCUCAAAGGAAGAGGCCAAGAGCCCGGCGGUGAAGUCCCCAGAAAAGCCUGCAACCCCCUCAAAAGAGGAGGCCAAGAGCCCGGCGGUGAAGUCCCCAGAAAAACCUGCAACCCCCUCAAAAGAGGAGGCCAAGAGCCCGGCAAAGUCCCCAGAGAAACCCGCACCCCCCUCAAAAGAGGAGGCCAAGAGCCCGGCGGUGAAGUCCCCAGAGAAACCCGCACCCCCCUCAAAAGAGGAGGCCAAAACCCCAGCAGUGAAGUCCCCUGAGAAACCUGCACCCCCCUCUAAAGAGGAGGCCAAGACCCCGGCUGUCAAGUCUCCAGAGAAACCCUCACCCCCCUCGAAAGAGGAGGCCAAGAGCCCAGCUGUCAAAUCCCCAGAGAAACCUACACCCCCCUCAAAGGAGGAGGUCAAGACCCCAGCUGUGAAGUCCCCUGAGAAAGUCAAAUCUCCUGUGAAAGAGGAGGCCAAGUCUCCGCAGAAGGAAGUGGCCCCGGCCAAGGAGCCCACCCCCUCGCCUCUAAAGGAGCCGAAAGCCCCUGCAAAGGAAGAGCAGCCCAAGGAGGCAAAGGCUCCUUCCAAGCCUGGAGCUGAGGAGGGCAGGAAAGAGGAAGCUCCCAAGAAAGAUGUCCCAGCCAAGGUGGAGGAGAAGCCCAAAGAGAAGGCAGCUGCUGUGCCAGAGCCUCCAGCCCCACAGGUGAAGGAGACCACCAAGCCGGGCCCCAAACCUGUGGAAGAAGGAAAGGCUGAGAAGGAGGCUCCGCCAAAACCUCAGCAGGUCAGCAAAGCGGCUGCAAAGGAGGCUGAGAAGCCAAAGGCUGAGGAGAAGGCGGAGGAGCCCAAGAAGGAGAAGGCGGAGGAGCCCAAGAAGGAGAAGGCGGAGGAGCCCAAGAAGGAGAAGGCGGAGGAGCCCAAGAAGGAGAAGGCGGAGGAGCCCAAAGCUAAAGCAAAACCCAAAGAUGAGCCCAAAGCCAGUAAAGAGGCCCCCAAGGCCGAGGCCCCCUCCAGCAAGGAGGCCAAAGCCCCAGAGCCGGCACCCGCCGUGGGGAAGAAGUGAGCGGAGCCCUGGGUGCCGAAGAGCACUUCUGGAUGCGGGAGCUGCUCCGGUCCCCUUCCACAGCUGGACCCGGCGUGGGGACCCCUCACCAGGCCGGGCUUUACCUUAGCAAUAUGUCUGAGAGACGCAGCCCCUCGCUGCCCUGCCCCGGCGGUUUGGCCGAUAGCUUCCCUAGCAGAAUGUGAUAUACGCCGAGCGCCACAUUUAAACACUUGAAUUAUAACCGAGGAGAAGAGACCCCAGGGGAACCGACCGCCCUUCUCCAAUAAGUGCAUUUAUUUAAUGUAUGUGCAAUCGAUGGAUGAGUGCAACGCAGAGCUCUAGCUGCUUGGGAGGGGGGUUGGCGGGGUCCUCGGGGUCCUUCCCUGGCCUGGGGGUGACGACUGGCCCUCCGAGCGGUGACCCAGGCUGCAGCUGGCUUUGGUGGGAGAGGCUGGGCACUGCAGGGAUGCUCACAGACACACGGUGCACUAGGAUCCUCAACCCACUGUUAUUUGCUUUCUGUGCAAUAACCAAAUAAAGUGCUUACAGAGACA